AUGACUGCAAGGUUUUUGGAAGAUGAUCUUUCAAAGGAAAUUGACUAUGGAGAAGCUCAGAGCAGUGUGGCUGCAAAUAUUCUGAGCUCUCUAUGUGCUCUUGUGGGUUUUAUUCUCCUCUCUGUCAACCUGGCUGCUUUGGAUCUUGCCUUUUGGAAAUGUGACUUGAACAGAGAGGACAAAGUGCCUGAAGGGUAUUCACUUUUCCAUUAUAUGCACCCAUAUGCUAAGGAUGGCUGUUUCAUGGCCAAAACCACUCUGGCUGGAACUCUGUCUGUGAUGCUGAUUUGCACGGUGCUGGAGUUCUGUGUGGCCGUGCUCGCUGCUGUGGUUUGGUGGAAACAGGCUUACUCCGACUUCACUGGGAGUGUGCUUUUCCUGCCUCAGAGUUACAAGAAUAAAUCCAGCAUACCCGCAAAAGCAUUUUCUGACCCUGGAUAUGAAGAACUAUUGACUUCCUAGGGGAAAUUAUUCAUCAG